UUGAGGCACGCUCAUUGGCUCCAGUAGUCCCCUAGCUUUAUCUAACUUCGACACUAUAUACUUGGUAGAACUUAUCCAAAAAUUUCAUAUUCGAUCAUCUCCUCUUUUUCUCUUCCAAUUAUAAUCAAGUUCUAACACGAAAAAUGGCUGAGGCACUCAUCUCUGUACUUCUGGAGCAAUUGGCUUCAGUAGUAUAUCAACACACAAAUGAAGUGGUGAAACUGGUUUUGAAUGCUGACAAAGAUGUUAAAAGUUUCAGCAGCAACCUCAAAGCUAUCCAGGCUGUGCUUGAGGAUGCAGAGAAGAAGCAAGUGACGGAGGUCAGCGUAGGCGACUGGUUGGAGAAGCUGAAAGAUGUAUCGUACGAGAUGGACGACGUGCUAGACGAGUGGAACACUGAACUUCUCAGACAACAAGUGGAGGAGAAGCAAGUGGUAGAAGGAGAUAAUGCUCUUGUUACCAAGAAGAAGGUAUGUUUCCCCAUGCCCUCUGGUUGCUUUUGUUUUGGCCAAGUCAAUAAGGCCAUUCAUCAUCAUAACAUUGCUAGAAGGAUAAAGGAACUGAAUGAGAAGUUAACUUUGAUUGCUGCUGAAAAAGCCAUGUAUGGCUUUCAUCAAUCCACAAUAGGUGGCCAUGAUGACCAACAGCUUAUUCAACGGCAGAUAACUUCAUCUUUGGUCGAUAUAUCUACGAUAUUCGGCCGAGAAGAAGAAAAAGAGUAUUUGUUGAGCAACUUGUUAAGAGAGAGUAACCAGGAUGGGGGGAGUAGCCAAGAAGGCAAGCGGUUCCUUGUCAUCCCUAUUGUAGGGAUGGGAGGGAUGGGGAAAACCACUCUUGCCCAAUUAGCCUAUAACAAUGAAAAUGUUACAGCUCAUUUUGAUAAGAAAGUUUGGGUUUGUGUCUCGGAUCCUUUUGAUGAGAUUAAGAUUGCUAAAGCGAUCAUUGAAAAUCUAGAUGGAACCCAAAGCAGUUUGAAUGAGUUGGAAAUUUUAUUGCAGCAUAUCAAGACACGUGUUGAGAAUAAGAAGUUACUCAUGGUUCUAGAUGAUGUGUGGACGGAAGAACAUAAAAAGUGGGAAAAUUUGAAACUACAAGUGAUAAUGCAACGUUGUGCUAAGGGCAGUAAAAUACUGGUGACCACACGAAAAGAAGGGGUUGCUAAAAUGAUGAGAGCAACCAGCAGCAUGAUCCAUUUGGACAAGUUGAAUGAUACGGAUUGUCUAGCAUUGUUCAAUAGCUUUGCAUUUUUGGAUAGGGAAGAAGAUGAGGCUAAUGGGUUUGGAGCUAUUGGUGAGGAAAUUGUGAAAAAGUGUAAAGGUUUGCCUCUUGCUGCAAAGACUUUAGGUAGUCUAGUGUGGUAUAAGAAAACAAGAGAGGAAUGGCGGGAUGUUCUGAAUAGUAAGAUAUGGGAACUAGAAGAAGUUGAGGAACAAGUUUUCCGACCAUUGUUACUAAGUUAUUAUGAUUUGGUUCCUGCAGUCAAAAGGUGUCUUUUGUAUUGUGCAAUAUUUCCCAAAGAUUAUGACUUCCAAAAAGAUGAUUUGAUUGAGCUUUGGAUGUCACAAGAUUAUCUUAAUUCAAAGGGAAAAAAAGAAAAGAGAAGAAUAGGUCAAAAUUAUUUUGAGAGUCUAGCAAUGCGGUCUUUCUUUCAAGAUUUUAUAAAAGAUAUCAUGGGAAAUAUUAGAGGGUGCAAAAUGCAUGAUAUAGUGCAUGACUUUGUGCAGUUUCUUACCCAAAAGGAAUGCACUAUUAUAGAAGCAGUCAAGGGUGCUAAUCAAAGAGUGGAGCUACCAGGUGAUUAUAAGGUUCGUCAUUUGACUUUAACAAGUUUACCCGAAGGUCCACUUUCAUUUCCUACUUCAUUUGACAAGUGCAAAAAUAUGCGAACCCUCACACUCCUUGAUUCAAGCAUUACAGCCAUAAGCCCGGGUUCAAUUAUGCAAAUGAAAUGCCUCAGGACAUUGAAUGUGAGUCGUAGCGAGCUCAAUGAAGUUCCUAAAGAGAUUGGUGAAUUGAUUCAUUUGAGAUAUAUGGAUUUGUCUUGGAGUCGUAAUUUGAAAGAAUUACCGGAUGCUGUGUGUGAUUUAUACAAUCUACAAACUCUGGACGUUUCGUGGUGUGGUAAACUAGAGAAAUUACCCAAGGCAAUGGAAAAGUUGAUUAACUUGAAGCAUCUAUAUGUUGGGGGUUGUAUUGAGCUGAGGUACUUACCGAAAGGGAUUGGGAGUCUGAAGAGUCUGCAAGUACUGGACUACUUUUAUGCAUGUGAGGGUGAUGAUGAAGCAUUGAAAUUAGGAGAUCUCGGAAUCAUGGCCCAGCUUCAGGGGAGCCUUUCUAUAAUAUAUUUGGGGAAAAAUGAUGCGAAUGAGAUUGAGAAGAUUGAGAAAGCACAGUUGGGGAAUAAGGAGCACCUCUCUCAUUUGGGAGUAUGGUUCCAGGAAGGAGAUGAAGAGCAGAGAAAAGGCGAUGCAGAAAUAGUGAAAGCAUUGCAACCACAUCACAAUUUGGAAUCUCUUUCUAUUGGGUGUUGCCAAAUUGGCACCACCGAGUCUCUCUAUUGGAUCAAGUCUCUACACAAUUUGAGAGAACUUCGUCUCUAUGACUGGCGAUUUUGUGAACUUUUGCCUCCUCUUGGAAAAUUGCCAUCGCUUGAAAUUCUGGAGAUAGAGGGGAUGAAGAAAGUGAAAACGGUGGGAGUUGUAUUUCUGAGAAUAGAAGAAGAAGAAGAAGAAGAACAAGUCUCAGGAAUUCUAUUCCCCAAAUUGAAACAACUUACUUUCAGAUCGAUGUACAACUGGGAAGAGUGGGCCUUUCUUUCUGAAAUCACAAUAAUAUUAAUGCCACGCCUUUCUGAGUUGCAAAUUGAUGGGUGCCCAAAGCUAAAAGCACUGCCAGAGUUCCUGUACAAGAUAACAGCACUGCGUACUUUGGAGAUCUGGGCUUGUCCAAUUCUGGAAGGAGAAUACGAAAAAGACGUGGGGAAGGAGUGGCACAACAUUUCUCACAUCCCAAACCUCACAAUCCAAUCUGGAAGGAAGGCUGAAGCUUUUGUGGAAUGGACGCUGACUGGGAUUUGACUAGUAAUUGGGGUUUGGAAGCUUUUUCUGCAAUCUGUCAUUUAACAAUAGGCAGCAGGGAGCUCGGUAAUUGGCGUUUCUGCAAAUGAACCGUUCAAAUGCUGCCACCUCAAUCAUUGAAGGCUACUUGAAGGUAAAAUAUAUGAUCCAGAUAUAAAGGAAUCUGUUGUGUUAAGCUACACCCGAACAUAGACUGGCACUUUGAUCGAACUACAAUGCCUAGAAUUGCAAACCGUUCGACCUCACCAUCGUUGAAGAGUAAAAGCAGAUUGCUUGUGGCUCAUAGUGACAUGUUGGAGUGGAAUGAUAAGCUUUUCAAGGGAUUACUAAUUUAACAUGGGCUUUAGCUCAGCAGUUUAAACAGCCAAUCCUCACCGUGUGAUUCAAUUCUCCAAUGCGGAAAUUCGGUAUAUAGCAGUGUAUUACGCAGCUAAACCUUAAUCCUAGUCUCUCUCAUCCAUAGUUUUCCAUGGUACAAGCAAAGGUAGCAAAGGUCGUGACUGGAAUAACUAGUGAAGUAGGAGUUCAUCCAAUCUGAUGUGCUUAUGCAAUGUGUCAGGGGUAUGGAGGAUAGACUAUGUAUCAUGCGGACUUUCACCAUGAAGGAAAUUUGGUAUGCAUUUGACCGAUUGAAGUGGCCCUUAACUCAAUAUGUUUUCAUCAUCUUAAGCAAUCCAAUGUAAAAUGGAAAUCUACUCAUACUAGGAGACCUGUGGAAGACAUGUGGAACCAUCUAAGAAGUCUCAAGAAGAUCAUUACCGAAUUGAACACAAAUUGUGCUUUAAAAAUCAAAUCCAUUACAGAUUCGGAAAACUGCCACUGCAGAUCAGUCAACUUCAACGGAGUGUCAAAAAUCGUUCAGAGCUCAGAAAAUUAUGAUCUUUAUAUGGUUAGAAAGCUACGGAUGUCUAGUUUCUAGAACUUUUUACAGCUCGUCGAUAUCUAUUUUCUAGAAGAAGUUAUGACCGUUUUAGUGCACUGAGGUCAAGUCUGCCGGAAAUCUGUUUUGUGUCAAAGGAGUUCUAACUCAAUUUUGUUUCUUCAUCAUCUAUCUUAGUUUGUUUUCAAACGUGAGUACCAUUUGGACAGAACAUUUAGACUGUUAUAGUAUAAAUAUAUUAUAGUAUAAAUAUAUAUAUCUUGUAAUAGGUACUUGAGUGUAUAGAUAAGUACUUGAGUGUGUAAAUAUAGGUAUAAAGACUUGUGUGGCAUAAAGUAUAUGGGGAAGCAACAAGCAUGGCAGCUUUCAUAAUUGCAGCAACCAGGUGGAGUUGCAGCUAUGAUCAUUGAAGCCACUAUAAUGGACUUCUUACCAUUACAUUCACACUACAAUGUAUUCCUAUAAAUACCUUCUUUUGUGAGAAUAAAUAAAACAUCUCUUCCUUCACCCAUUUCAUCUUCUUUGUCUCUCCAUCUCCUCUCCAUUUUCCUUUUAUUCUCUAGUCUUCUAGUUCUGCAUUUUCAAGCAAAGAGGAGAAGAAGAAGAAGCUGUGAGCAAUCCUAGCAGCCAUCGUUCCACCUUGUGCCGUGAUAAUGAAGCCUUGCUUUCAAGAUUCAAGAUCAACGUCUCAAGCUCUCCAUCAUCCACUCCAUUCACGACACAAGGUGGAACGAUGGCUACUAGGAUUGCUCACAGCUUCUUCUUCUUCUCCUCUUUGCUUGAAAAUGCAGAACUAGAAGACUAGAGAAUAAAAGGAAAAUGGAGAGGAGAUGGAGAGACAAAGAAGAUGAAAUUGGUGAAGGAAGAGAUGUUUUAUUUAUUCUCACAAAAAAGGGUAUUUAUAGGAAUACAUUGUAGUGUGAAUGUAAUGGUAAGAAGUCCAUUAUAGUGGCUUCAAUAAUCAUAGCUGCAACUCCACCUGGUUGCUGCAAUUAUGAAAGCUGCCAUGCUUGUUGCUUCCCCAUAUACUUUAUGCCACACAAGUCUUUAUACCUAUAUUUACACACUCAAGUACUUAUCUAUACACUCAAGUACCUAUCACAAGAUAUAGAUAUUUCUACUAUAAUAUAUUUAUACUAUAACAGUCUAAAUGUUCUGUCCAAAUGGUACUCAAGUUUGAAAACAACCUAAGAUAGAUGAUGAAUAAACAAAAUUGAGUUAGAACUCCUUUGACACAAAACAGAUUUCCGGCAGACUUAACCUCAGUGCACUAAAACGGUCAUAAUUUCUUCUAGAAAAUAGAUAUGGACGAGCUGUAAAAAUUUCUGGAAACUAGACAUCCGUAGCUUUCCAACCAUAUAAAGAUCAUAAUUUUCUGAGCUCUGAACGAUUUUUGACACUCCGUUGAAGUUGACUGAUUUGCAGUGGCAGUUUUCCGAAUCUGUAAUGGAUUUGAUUUUUAAAGCACAAUUUGUGUUCAAUUCGGUAAUGAUCUUCUUGAGACUUCUUAGAUGCUUCCACAGGUCUCCUAGUAUGAGUAGAUCUCCAUUUUACCUGUAAAAACACUAACUAAGUUAAAUUGAUCAAGAUAAAGGAAAUAACUUAGCAAAAUAUAGGGUUUAAACAUUAUAAACGUCACAUUUUAUGCUCCUAUCAAUUGGUAAAUGGGAUUUGGAAGAUCUUGUAUAAUCUGAAUCUAAACAAUAAACAUGGAGCCAGAAUCUUGUAUAAUCUGAGAGAUUUAUUGGACAUCCUCUAGUAGCAAACCCUGCCACCUCACCAUCGUCAAAGGUAGUGGUCUAGAUCCAUUAUGUUAAGCUGCACCUGCAUAUAGCCUGGCCUUGAUUGAGAACUAUGGCUCUAACGUUGCAAAUUUACACACACACACAUAUAAUAUUCUUGUUACAGGUUUUUGUUAAAAGUUCAGUGUCCGAAACUUGAUAAGUGUUUUACUAGGAUACGGGAUUUGAAGAUGCAAAAUCAGUUGAAGUUAAACUGUGGUUCAGUAACUGGAGCUACAGAAUUCUGUUGAGUGGAUAAGGGAUUUGAGGAUGCAAAAUCAAUUGAAGUUAAAAGGUGGUUCCGUAAUUGGAGUUGCAGGAUUAUGUUAUUAUGCAAAGGUGGCUACUGAAUGAACUUCUGAAGUCCGUGUUCAUCCAAGCUGAUUUUCUUAUGCGGCAUGUCGAUGGCUUGGGACAGCUAAAUGCAGUACUAAGAGCUUGUUGCGAUUGGCUCGCCAUGGCGUCAUGGAUUCAAGUACCGGUGCAAUUGAACUAAGAAAGAGGAUGAAUUACAGAUCAGGGAGGGGUUUUGCGACUGGUCACCAGCUGAAUGCGUGCCAGUUAUCUCUUUUAAGUGUUAAUCACCAUUCCUUCCCAAUCUUGACUGGUUUAGGAAUCUGAGUUGGCCCAAACUUGUAACAGUUGUAACCCACCACCUAUAGGUGUUCGGAUGCAUUGAAAACAUGAGUUUUCCAAGUACUACAUUAUUAUUGGCAAAGCCGAAGUAUUACAUUAAGAGUGUCAAUUAUAAGCUGCCCAAAAAAUAAUGGUAGCAA